CUCAUGUCUUUCUUAUCAGCUGUUAUGAGAUUACACUGAAGUGUUUGGUUCCUGCAUCUGGUGGCACAAAUGAAAGUUGUGACACUACUGUAUGCAGUUCUUCACAAGACACUACUUGAAAUAUUUUGAUAAAAUGAGAUGCUUGCGGAAACGAUCAGCAGUGUCGUUCUUGGGCAUUCUUGUUGUUUGCUUGCUGUUCAUGAAUUUGUACAUUGAAGACGGUUAUGUUUUGGAAGGGGACAAGCAGUUAAUCAGAGAAACAGCCACACACCAGCUCAACCCAGAGCGUUAUGUACACAGUUUUAAAGAUUUGUCUAAUUUCUCAGGAUCUAUAAACAUUUCCUAUCGCUACCUAGCUGGCACACCUUUGCCAAGGAAAAGGUAUCUUACAAUUGGACUAUCCUCCGUAAAACGGAAAAAGGGAAACUACUUGCUUGAGACCAUCAAGUCCAUAUUUGAGCAGUCAAGCUAUGAGGAGCUCAAAGAAAUUGCAGUGGUAGUACAGCUGGCAGAUUUUGACUCAGCCUGGUGUGAGGGGAUGGUCCAGGAUAUUUCACAGAAAUUUGCACACCAUAUAAUUGCGGGCAGAUUAAUAGUUAUUCACGUCCCUGAGGAUUACUAUCCUGUAUUGGAUGGCCUUAAGAGAAAUUACAACGACCCUGAGGACCGCGUGAAGUUUCGAUCAAAACAAAAUGUAGAUUAUGCUUUCCUUCUAAACUUUUGUGCUAACCUUUCUGACUAUUAUGUGAUGCUGGAAGACGACGUUCGCUGCUCAAAGAAUUUUUUGACUGCUGUUAAGAAAGUAAUUACCUCACGAGAAGGAUCCUACUGGGUGACGUUGGAAUUCUCCAAGCUGGGGUACAUCGGAAAGCUUUACCAUUCUCAUGACCUACCACGCCUGGCACAUUUUCUAUUGAUGUUUUACCAAGAAAUGCCUUGUGAUUGGCUGCUCAUCCACUUUCGUGGGCUGUUAGCUCAAAAGGAAGUGAUACGUUUUAAGCCAUCUCUCUUCCAGCACAUGGGAUACUACUCAUCUUACAAAGGAGCUGAAAAUAAGUUAAAGGAUGAUGACUUUGAAGAGGAAUCCUUUGAUAUCCCUGACAACCCACCUGCAAACUUGCACACCAAUAUGAAUGUAUUUGAAAACUAUGAGGCAAGCAAGGCUUACAGCAGCAUUGAUGAGUACUUCUGGGGCAAGGCUCCUUCUACUGGAGACUUCUAUGGGAUUGUAUUUGAAAAGCCCAUUAAAAUCAGUAAAAUUAAAGUUGUCACUGGAACUGAAGAUCGGCAAAAUGACAUUUUACAUCAUGGGGCCCUGGAAGUAGGUGAAAAGAUUGUAGGCAGUAAAAAAGGAAGACAAUGUACAACUUACUUGAGACUAGGGGAGUUCAAAAAUGGGAAUUUUGAAAUAACAGAUGUAGAGCACAAAGUUCUAUUUGAUAUUAACUGCAUGAGAAUACUUGUUACUAAAAGUCAAAAAGAAUGGCUGAUCAUUAGGAGCAUUAGUGUCUGGACUUCUCAAACACCAAACCAAUAAAGCAAGGCCACCUGAGGAGGUACAGAGUGCAUACAAUCAACUGGGUCACAACUGGUGCCACUCCCCAGAAAAAAAGACACUUCCAGCUCUUCACUAGAGACAGAGUAUCUGGGGAAAACACAAAACAAGUAAAAGCAAUUUAUUUUUUACC